UUUGAUCAUCAGUAGGCAUUUGCCAAGUACUUACUAUGUAGGCAUGUUAUGCUCCAAUAAAAGAUGCAGCAUCGAAUCAGGCGUGAUGCUUACCAUCUGUUGAAAUACCAGCAUCCACACAAUUUAACCACAGUCCAGGGCAGACUUAGUUUUAUAAGGUAUAAGCUAAAUGUCUACUCCUUUUGAAAAGUGAUAAUUUAGACUCUAAAACUUUUCAUCCUAACAUCCAAAACUUUCUAUAAACUAGAGCUGACCUAUUUCUGGAGGCUUAUUCCCUAUGUAGAAUCUCCCUUUUAGUCAUAGAGAAGUCAUCAUGCUCUGUACACAAAUUUCCCCCUGUUCAAAUCAGAGUUGCCAUUCAAGGUGUAGCUCAAGUCAGUCUCCUCCAGAAAGUUCUCCUGGACUUUACUUUUUCAUUCAAUACUGCCCUUUUCCUUUUCUUCACCCCUCUCAUCCUACCAUGCUAACACUACACUUCAGCUCUGGAUUUGAUCUUGUUAUGAAUUGUUCUCUGAUAAAGUGCCUGCAUCUUUUCCUGUACUGCCCAGCUAGGUGCCUUUUAGAAGGUGAGGAGUCAGCAAAUACCAAUUGAAUUAGCUUGCAUAACUCAAGCUUUGCACUCUUACAUCGUUUUAGAACUCCUGCUUAUACCUUUGGAAGACCAUUUUAUGUAAUACCUUCAUUUGAAACUAGGAUUUUACCAUGGAGACAAAAUUGACACCCUUUACUCUGGUAAGUGCUGUUUUUUGAACAUUAUUCAGCUCAUCAGAGUGCUUGUAACUGUCAUUUGAGCAUCCCUCUACUUGCUAGAUGGGAUGAUGCCCAAUUACUGAAUUGCUUAAUAAAGUCAAUUAGAUCUUCAAAUUUAAAAAGUCACGAGUUCAUUAUUCAUAAUAGCUCCCUUAUCCCUUUCAGGAUAAAGAAGAAAGUACUUGUAAAGUUCAGGUUUUAGGUUACCUGCUGCUCUGCCGUCAGAUGUUUUUUGAGUUCCUGCUCUCAGUGUAGGACUAUAACAUGAGAGAGCAAUGGGCCAAAAGUGAUGGUAACCUAUAUAGGAAAGAAAUGCCCUUCCUUUAAUGAAAUCACAUGUGAAAAUGUUCAAUACAUUUUUUAUGGUCCUAUAGAUACUAAUCUGUUAAUUUAUUGAUAGCAAAGUAAUAUUUCUAAAAAUAGUGCCAUAAAUAAUGCCAUAUUGCUAAUGGUAGCCUGCUAGUUGUAAAGAGAACUGGUAACAGUUGGUGUGGGAAACAAGUGUAUCCAGCCUCCUCUACUGGUAGUAACUCCUUUAUCCUCCCUGGCACUUCACACAGUCAGAGUGCUUUCCUGUGUUAUCACCCACUUUAUGAAACAAGGCCCUGUUUCACUUGAGGACACAUAGCUGGUAUGGUCUGUCAUUGAGUGUUGCCGUGUGCUAGAUGUUCUGAGUGCUAUAUGUGUUCUGUUUCAUUUAAUCCUCAAGCCCUAAGACAUAGGUAUUCUCUCCAUGUGACAGGUGAGGAGCAAGCUUAGAGAGCCUUCGCAUAUUGACCAAAGUUACACAAAGUAAGAGGAGGUGCCGAGUCGUGAGAUUACCUGACUUGCACUGCUCUAACCGUUCUUCUGCUUCUGAAUGUAGAUAACCAGAUAAAACUUACUUUCUUGUUCCUAGUCCAGUGCCUUCACUGUACUCAGAUACUUGCAUACAAAUACAUACCUAUGUUAGCCUUAAAUGCCUCCUCACCAUCCUUCCUUGCUAUGUCUGGCAAACAUUGCAUUGAUGUCUGUAGCAUCUAGUUUCUCUUCUUCAGCUUCCUUUCUCUGAAGGUGUAAUUGUAUGUAUGUUGUAUUUUAAAGAAGUCUUGCCUAAUGAAUUUAAUCAACUCUUGCACUUUCUCUCGCUGUCUGGAUUGGAGAUACUUCUGGAGCCAAAAGAAGUAGCUACAUCCCCCUUCUGAAAGACCAUUUUUGGUCAGGCCCCAGAAACUGGUAUUUUAAGUUGCACAUCUUUGCUCAUGGGUCACUGCAGCCCAUAAAUAAUGUUAUGCUAAACCACCAUUUAUUUUGUUCCCAAGGUGUCACUUCAACUUAAUGCAGUUACAGUUCUGAAAUACUAGUAUUUCACCCUGAGGAUGAUAAAGUUACAUUUUAUAUUUUAAUCUACAUUUACUAAAUUAUUCCUUUUUUUAAACAUGUUUAAUCACUAUGACAAAACUUGACAGCAUAGUUGUUUUGAGUUGAACUGUAAGGAGAGUUUCAAAGAGGUUAAAUAUACCCAGAUUUUCUGAAUUCACAUUGUUCUCAGUCACUUCAUCAUAAUAAAAAAUUGGAUUGAUUUCUUUUUCUUCACCCAUGUUAGACAGUAUAGGGUAUUUAUCCACAUUAUGUCUCUUCCUUUCCUCAUAAAAUCACAAUGAUUUCUGAAGAAGUCUGAUUCUGAAAGACUUUCCUGUUUUCUAAUGUGAGAAAUGUGCUAAAUACGGAAAAUCUCUCAUCCAUCCAUAUGAACCUUCAAGAGAACUUCUUUAUUUUCUUAUACUUGGAAAUUUUUUCUACCCUGUAAUUUGGUUUAAUACACAUAUUUAUUGAAAAACUAAAAAAGCAAGGAGUUUGAACCGUGAGCUGUUCGGCUUGAGUAGGUUACAAAUCUCUUGAUUGUAAAGCAGUUUUCAAUCUCUAAAAACAGCUUGAGCUGGAUUUCAGAAGCAGGAAGAAACGAGGAACUGAUGUUUUUGGCAUUAGAGAUAUGCCAAGUUGUCAUCUUGCUCUUGUUACUUAGUACUUUGAACUUCCAACCUUUAUUUAAUGGAGCUAAAUCUGUUUGUAAACAUUAUUUGUUAAAGCAAGCCUGUUCAUCUCUAAGAUCAAUUCCAGCAUUUGCACUCAGUUUCAUACUGUUGCCUGCAAAAAAAAAGGUUUCCCCUACUUUUACUCUGAAGAAUGUGAGUUAAAAUACUUUGGCAGUUUGCAGACAGUUGGUGCCAUUAGUAACUUUAGAAAAAUGUAGCUGCUUUUUUCUAAAGGUGGCAUGGCUGUCAAGUGGAUUAUGCAACAAGAAAAUCAGGUGGACUUAAAGUUUUCAGGUUUAUUUUCUGAAGAAAAGCCAGCCUGUACACUAAGUUGUCCAAAGGCUGGGAUUAGGUAGAGCUAAAACUCUCAGAACUUUAUGGUGAGAGAGAAUUUCAAGGAUAAUCUAAUCCAUUCCUGCCAUUUAGAAAUAAACAAGCCCAGACAGGCUGUGUGACAUAUCAUCCACUUACUUGCUGGCAAGUCCAAAACUAAAACCCAGAUCUUAUUUCCAGAUCAGUAUCAGAGCCAGUCAGGGUCUCAUAAAUCAGUUUUCUGUUUUAAGGCCAUGCUGGACUUUAGCCCUUCCCUAAAUCUCAUUGACAGUUUGAGAGAGCCAAAGGACAAUUGUUGGUCACAUUUAGCUAAGUGGAAUCCAUUGGCACCAAUGUUUGCAUUUGAAAAGACUGGGACAGGGUUUCCUUUGGCACCUUUGGGCUUGUUGAGUCUGGCAAGCAGGAGGUGGGUAUUGUACUUUACCAUCUGCAUUCCCCAUCCAUAACAUUUUUUUUUUCUUUUCUUUAAAUUAAUAGGCUAUUUUUUGGAGCAGUCUUAGAUUUACAGAAAAUUGAGUAGACAGUACAGAGUUCCCAUAUACCCCCUUCCUUGUUCACAGCUUCACCUAAUAUUAGGGCUGAUAUAUUUGUCAAAACCAAUGAAUUGAUAAACUGCUGCUAACCGAAGUUAACAUUUACAUUAGGGUCCAGUCUUUGUGUUGCACCAUCUGUAGGUUUUGACAAAUGCAUAAUGUCAAGUAUCCACCACAGUAUCGUGCAGAGUAGCAUCACUGCCCUAAAAUCCACCCUGCCCCACCCCUUCAUUCUUCUCCCUGCCACCACCUCAAGCAACCAAUAAUCUUAGUGUCUCUAUAAUUUUGUCUUUUCCAGAAUGUCAUCAAUGAAAACCAAUGAGAUUAUUUUAUCCUCAAAUCUAAUUCAAUGUGAUAAUCUUAGUGUGACUUUAAGAGUAAACAUGGAAAAUAAGUGCAUUAUAAGGGGAAACUACAAUUUUUUUAAAGAGUAAAAUAAUUCCAUUUUAAUAAAUGUUAACUAAUUCAUUUUGGCUUUGAUAAACAUUUUGCCUAAGAAGUUAUUUCUUAGUAUUAAAUAUUUAUGUAUGAGGCACUAGAGAUAAAAUGGUAAGAAACAGACAUGUAGUUUCUACUCUGGAAGCUUACAGCAUAGUCAUUAUUCACUGUAUUUUCCCAAGCAGUCCACAGAUACCAAAGUAACAUUUGCAGAAGAACUUCAGGAAAAAAUAAUAUACACAGGAACAAUGCAGUAUCAGCAGGCUAAAAUUUUAUUGUAUGUGGAAAUUAAGUUUUUUUAUUUCGCUUUUUGAUGAUUUUAUUUUUUUACCUUUGUAAAAAUAGCAUGUCACUACAUACAGAUUAUAGGUACACCCAGAUGUUUGAGAAUCAUUACAAGUUAGCCUGGAUAAAAGAACUACUGAAACUCAACAAUAAACAAUCUAAUAAAGAAAUGGACAAAAGAUUUGAGCUAACACAUCAGAGACAAAAAGGAUGGCAAACUCACAAAAAGAUGUUUAGUAUGGUCAAGUCAUGAGGGAAAUAACAGAUUAAAACUGCAAUAAGAUACCAGUAUAUGAUCUGUUAGAAUGGCUAAAGUUUUUUUUUUUAAAGAAUAAAAAAACCUGAGAAUACUAUGUAGAUAAGGGUGUGGAGCAGCUGAAAAACUCCUACAUUAUUGGUGGGAAUGCAGAAUGGUACAGCCAGUCUGGGAAAACAGUUUAGCAAUUUCUUAUAAAGUUAAAUAUACACUUAGCACAUGACCCAGUAAUCUAACUCCUAGAUGAUUCUAACCUAGGAGAAAUGAAAAUGUACCUUCACACAAAAAAAACCUGUAUGCAAAUAUUUAUAGGAGCUUUAUUCCUGGUUGCUAAAACUGGAAACAACUUGGUUUUAGCUGGUAAAUGGAUAGUGGGGAAUAGUACAUGGCAAUGAAAAGGAAUAAGCUGUCAGUACAUACUACAACAUGGCUGAAUCUCAAAUGCAUUAUGCUAAGAGAAGAACAACUCAAAAGGCAACGUACUGUUUGAUUACUACAUUUUGGGUGGGAAAUGGAAUAUUCUGAAUUUUUAUUGUGAUGGCAUUUUGUCAAAACUCAGAUAAAUUUAGGGAAAAAUAGCCUAGAUAGAUGCGCAUCAAACUCAUGAUAGCUGUUGCCUCUUGGGGGGAAGGAAGGAAACAGGACCAGGAUAGAAGUUGAAGUAUAUUUUAGCCUCAUCAUUUCUGUUCUCUUUAAAAAAAAAGGGUGGAGGGGGACUAAAUAUGACAACACUGUCAAUCUUACAUGGUGAGCUUAUCAGUGAUUGCUUUAUUUUUGUAUCUUCUGUUUUUAGUUGGUCAAAAUAUAAAAAAAGGCAAAAUAUAGCCUCCUAAAAGAAAUUUUAGGAAAGGCAGAAAAGUAGAAGGGAAAAAAAAAAUCACCAGUGGUCUUAAAACAUUUGGUGCAUUUUCUUCUAUUCCUCUCUGUGUUUGUUUCUGCAUAGUGGAAAGUGUACUGUAAAAACAGUAUAGCCUGUAGUUUUAACUUAGUGUAUCCUAAACGUGUUUUCCUUUCUCUUAUAUGAUCUUUGUAAACAUUAGCAGUGAUGUCAAUCUUUAGGCCUGUAUUUAUCUAAACAACUGCUCUCAUUUUAGGGAUGUAGGCAUUACUAUAAUAUUAAACUGGUUUCCUCUCUUUACCUUGGGAAUACAAAUGAGGGUGUUUGCAUGAAUCUUGCAAAUUACGAUGGCUCUGAGCCAUUGUAUUUUGAAUAAUAGGAAGUCCUAUUUUUCCCUGGAGUUUUCCUUCACAAAUGUUUCCAUGUUGUUAAUGUUCAAUACAGCUGGAGGUCCCCUUCACUGCUGGUCACUUAAUCCUGCUGGAGGCUAUCAGGAAAAGCCAUCUCUUUGUAUAAUGCACUGUCAAGGAGAGCCCUCGGAGAAAUUACCUAGGUUCAGGGUGUUCUUUUGUAGAUUUGUCUGACUCAGAUUCACCCGUUUAUAAUAACUGCUGCUUUUGGCUGAAUGCUUACUAUAUGCUAGUACUGAAUACUUUUCCACUUAAUCCACACUUUUAUGAUAGAUACUUCUUAAAAAUGCCAGAUUCAAAGAUGAGCGAUUAAAGCCUCAGAGAAUUUAAAGAAUUUUGCUAUCACAUAUCUGAAGCUACACCUGGAAUGAGAACCCAAGUGGGUGUGAAUUCAGAGGGCGCACAGACUGCAGUGUGAAUAGUUAUUCCCUUUUCAACUUUCCUUUGACCCUCUGACUAUGUCCAGGAGAAAGCUGGUUUGACAACUAAUACUUAGCAUCUAACAUCUAGCACUUGGCUAACCCUUCUGAACCAAGAAAGCUGGCUCAGAGCCUUUUACAGACAGUAGAUAAACUUUAAUAACAACUGUUUUGUUUGAAUUCAAUUCCACUGUUCAGGCAUACCUCAGAGAGAUUGCAAGUUCAGUUCCAGACUACUGAAGUGAAGUGAAUAUCAUGAUAAUGAAUUUUUUUUGGUUUCCUGGUGCAUAUAAAAGUUGUUUACACUAUAGUCUAAAGUGUGCAGUGGCAUUUUGUCUUAAGAAAAUAUACAUAGCUUAAUUUAAAAUAUGGCUAAAAAUAUGCUGACCAUCAUCUGGACUUUCAGGGAGUUGUACUGAACACAGAUAACCAUAAAGAAUACAGUAAUAAUCAAAAAGUUUGCAACAUUGCGAGAAUUACCGAAAUGUGACAGAGACAAGAAGCGAGCAAAUGCUAUUGGCAACACGGCACCAAUAGACUUGUUGGAGGAGGGACUGCCUCAAGCCUUCAAUGUGUACAAAACGCAGUAUCUGCAAAGCCAAAUAAAGUGACACGCAGGAAAGCAACAUGUGCCUCUACUCUUCCGUGUCAAAUGCUAAUGAAUUUUCAUUGAUGGUUGUGAUAGAUUUAUUUUUAAACUUGUUUAAUUGCUUGCACUUGCAUAGAAAACUGUACCUUUGGAAGGAAGUACAAAAAACUGGCAAUACUUGUCUCCACGGAUUCUUCCUGGGUGGCUGGCGGAACUGGGAUCAGAGGGAAAUUUUAUUAUACUCUCCUGUACAGAAUUCUAAUUUUGUUAACCAAAAUGGGGAGACGAAAAACUUUAUUAAUGAGAAAACUAUUAAAUAAUACCGCAAAUGGUAGGGAAAAUAUGGCAAAACCCACGGAGGUCUCAAAAGAAUGAAUGAGGCGAAGGAAACACUGUCAAAAACUUACAGAAGUGGGAGAAACUCCGAUUUGCCGAAGGCCGGGAGCGGGCGGGUGUGCGAGGGCGCCACUCUCCCACUCACUACAGACGCGGCCUUUAUGGCGCAUGCGCACAGACUCAAGGCGGCCAUCUCCGCCGAGUGCGCAGUCCAUCCCUGACCGAGAGCGCGCGAAAACUGCACGCACGUCGGUGCGGGACACGCACGCCCCGCCCCGCUGCGCGGCCCGCGAAUCCUAAGGUGGCGAGGCCUCGGUUGUCUAGUCUCCGGGAGGUAAUGCCCCGGAAGGCAGGGAACGUGGAAGAGGCUGAGGCGGGCGCGGACGAGUACGGCCCUGAGGAGUACGGUCGGGAGGAGUCAGGCGCUGAGGAGUCCAGCCCGGAAGAGUCCGACCCGGAGGAACCGGCUGCGGAGGAGGAGAUGGAGGCGGGGCGGCCGCGGCCGGUGCUGCGCUCAGUGAACUCGCGCGAGCCGUCCCAGGUCAUCUUCUGCAACCGCAGCCCGCGCGUGGUGCUGCCCGUGUGGCUCAACUUCGACGGCGAGCCGCAGCCAUACCCGACGCUGCCGCCCGGCACGGGCCGCCGCAUCCACAGCUACCGAGGUCACCUUUGGCUCUUCCGCGAUGCAGGGACAUAUGAUGGGCUUCUGGUUAACCAAACUGAACUAUUUGUGCCAUCUCUCAAUGUUGAUGGACAGCCUAUUUUUGCCAACAUCACUCUGCCAGCCUCCUACGUGAUUACAGACUUUACCCAGCUGCGGAAGAUUAAGUCAAUGGAACGGGUGCAGGGCGUGAGCAUCACUCGGGAGCUGCUGUGGUGGUGGGGGAUGCGGCAGGCCACAGUCCAGCAACUGGUGGACCUCCUGUGCCGCCUGCAGCUCUAUCGUGCCGCGCAGAUCAUCCUGAACUGGAAACCAGUUCCUAAAAUUGAGUGUUCUAUCCCAGACUUCCCAGGUGUCAUGAAGCCAGAAAGGCCCUUGGCAGCUUCUCUGAGAAACACUGAAGAUGGAUGUGCAAAGGAGCAGCCCACAAGGCCAGCUGCUUCUUUAGGCCCAGGGCCUGUGCCAGCCAGAGCCAACCUCCUGCUUCCUCCUGGAGAUGCCCCUCAUCCUUUGAAAACUGACCUUCCUGCUUCAUUUGAUUCAGAGGAUUUUAGAACCUCCAUUCCUAAGCAGGAAACACUUUUGAGCCUGGCUGGAGACAACUUUUUCUGGAGUGAGGCAGAUGUGGUCCAGGCAACUGAUAACUUCAACCAAAACCACAAAAUUAGUGAGGGGACCCUUGCUGACAUCUACAGAGGGCAAAGGCACGGCAUGCCAUUUGUCUUCAAGAAGCUCAGAGAGAUGGUCAGCUCAGGUCCAGGAACGACUGAAAAAUUCUUCCAGGCAGAGGUACAAAUUUGUCGUAGAUGCUGCCACACCAACAUCUUACCUCUGCUGGGCCUCUGCACUGGAAAGCAGUUCUACAGCUUCAUCUACCCAUACAUGGCAAAUGGUUCUUUACAGGACAAACUCCAGGGUCAGGGUGGCUCAGACCCCCUCUCCUGGCCCCAGCGCAUCAGCAUCUGCUCAGGACUGCUCCAGGCUGUGCAUUACCUGCAUGGCCUGGAGAUGAUCCACAGCAACAUCAAGAGCUCCAAUGUUUUGCUAGACCAGGACUUUACCCCGAAGCUGGCUCAUCCAAUGGCUCACCAGUGUCCUGUCAACAAAAAGUCAAAAUACACCAUGAUGAAGACACACCUUUUCCAGGCCUCAGCUGCAUAUCUACCAGAAGAUUUCAUCAGGGUGGGGCAGCUCACAAAGCGAGUGGACAUCUUCAGCUGUGGAAUAGUGUUAGCUGAAGUGCUCACUGGUAUCCCUGCGAUGGAUAGAGACAGAAGUCCGGUUUACCUGAAGGACUUGCUCCUCAGUGAGAUUCCCAGCGGCGGCACCUCGCUGCGCUCCAGGAAGACCGGCGUGGAGAAAGCGAUGGCUAAGGAGAUCUGCCAGAAGUACCUGGAGAAGAGAGCAGGCCAGCUGCCGGAAGACUGCGCGGAGGCCCUGGCGGCGGCCGCCUGCCUCUGCCUGCGCAGGCGCAACGCCAGCCUGGCGGAGGUGUGUAGCUCUGUGGCCUCUGUGGAAGAGCAGCUCAGAGAUCAGGAGACAAUGCUCCCUUGGAGUGGGCUUUCCGUGGGCACAGGUUCUUCCUCCAACACCCCAGAAGAAACGGAUGAUGUGGAUAAUUCCAACCUCGAUGCCUCCUCCUCCAUGAGAGCAGUGCCCGGGGCUGGGGCUGCCGCCUCGCCUUCCCUGACAGAGGAUGGAGAAGGCAGGCCGCAGGCUGGCGAGGUAAAGCAGGCUGACUCUUCCUCUGAGGCCUGUGCCAGUUUGGAGGCUCCCCAGGAUGCUACAGAGACUUCGUGGAAAAUUGAUAUCAAUGAGGCCAAAAGGAAACUGAUGGAAAAUAUCCUGCUCUACAAAGAAGAAAAGUUAGACAGCAUUGAGCUUUUUGGCCCCUGAUGAGUAGAACACAGCCAAGGAUGCUUGUUCUCAAUCAUAAAGAUGACUCCAAGUCCAGAAAAAGAUCUGAGGCAGACUCAAAAUCUCCCAGGAAAAACCAAACAUCAGCUUUCCCAGCAUUGUGGGGGUGGUGCUGAGAAACUUCCAUUUUAUCAGCAGGAGUUAGGGGAGAAGGGAUCUCAGCUUUUAGAGACACAAAAA